AAGUGAGCUGAUCCGAACAUCGUGACCGUUGAAAAAAAAAAAAAUAGCUCAGUUACUUUACCACCAAAGAAGAGAUGGCUUCUGAAUUUGAACUCAAGUUCCGUUCAAGAAAAAAAAAAAUUUGAACUCCAGUUCAGCUCCAUGUCUUGUCAUAUUUCCAUUGAUCAAUUUUCGGGGCCAAAAAUAGCUCCUCAUGACCCCUGAUGCUCCAAGGAAGUAAAUUCAAAACCUAACAUGUUGAGCAAAUUCCUGACUUCAAGCGAAUGCCACUCUCAAUUCUGCCCAAAACCCAGUUCCUUCACUCAUCAUUCAAGAAGAAAAUGGCUACUAUUGUGGCUUCUCUAUCUCCAACCCACAUCUCUCCUCUGACCCACCUUCACUCCUCUCCAGAAACCAACCCACCACUCUCUCUCUUUGAAAACUGCAAUUCAAUGGACCAACUCAAGCAAACCCUCUCGCAAAUUAUCCAUAAAGGCAUAGCCUCUGAACCCGUUUUGCAUUCGAAGAUCAUUGCAUUCUGUUGCACUAACAAGGCUGGCUGUAUGAACUACGCCCGCUACGUGUUUGACGCAAUUCCGGAACCAAACGUCUACAUCUGGAAUACAAUGAUCAAGGGCUUUACUAGAAUAAACUGUCCAAAUUAUGCAGUUUCAUUCUAUAAAGAGAUGUUGGAAAAGAAUAUCAAGCCGGACACUUACACGUUCCCGUUUUUGCUCAAGGGUUAUACGAGUGAUGCUGCAUUACAAAGUGGGAAACUGGUACAUGCUCAUGUGUGCAAGUUUGGGUUUGAUUCUAACUUGUUUGUCCAAAGAGCUUUGGUAUGUAUGUAUUCUCUUUGUGGUCAGAUAGAUAUUGCUCGUGGGGUUUUCGAUACGAGCUCAAAAAAUGAUGUGGUUUCUUGGAACGCGAUGAUCUCUGGAUACAACAGAAGUAAGAGAUUUGAUGAAUCCAGGAAUUUUUUCGAUGCAAUGGCGAGAAAGGGAGUUUUACCAACUUCAGUUACGCUUGUUUCAGUGCUAUCAGCUUGCUCAAAAUUGAAGGAUCUUGAGACUGGCAAGCGGGUUCAUCAGUAUAUUAUGAGUGGAAAUGUUGAUCCCAGUUUGAUAUUGGAAAAUGCUUUAAUUGACAUGUAUGCAGCUUGUGGGGCAAUGGAUGUGGCACUUGGUAUAUUCGAAAGUAUGACAAAGAGAGAUUUAGUAUCCUGGACUGUUAUUGUGAAAGGGUUUGUGAAUUCUGGACAAAUUGAUGUAGCUCGAAAGUACUUUGAUCAAAUGCCAGAAAGAGAUUAUGUCUCUUGGACGGCCAUGAUUGAUGGGUACCUCCGGUUUAACAAAUUUAAAGAGGUUCUGAUACUUUUCCGUGAGAUGCAAACUGAAAAGGUAAAUCCUGAUGAGUUCACCAUGGUUAGCAUUCUUACAGCCUGUGCACAAUUGGGUGCCCUACAAGUAGGGGAAUGGGUAAAGACCUACAUAGAUAAAAACCAGGUCAAGAAUGAUAUAUAUGUGGCAAAUGCUCUGAUAGACAUGUACUUUAAAUGUGGGGAUGCAGAAAAGGCGGUGAGGGUGUUUAAAAAAAUGGCUUGCAGGGACAAAUUUACAUGGACUGCCAUGAUUGUUGGUUUUGCCAUUAAUGGACAGGGUAAAGAAGCUCUUGACAUGCUCUCUGAUAUGCUGAGAGCUUCAAUAGCACCUGAUGAUGUAACUUAUAUUGGUGUUCUAUGUGCGUGUACUCACAACGGUAUGGUAAAUGAAGGAAGAUUUUUUUUCUCUAGUAUGACUCUGGAUCAUGGGAUAGAGCCCAGUGUAGCACAUUAUGGGUGCAUGGUUGAUCUCCUAGGUCGAGCAGGGCAUCUAACAGAAGCUCUAGAACUUAUAAAGAAAAUGCCAAUGGAACCAAAUUCGAUUGUCUGGGGAGCUCUUCUUGGCGCUUGUAGAGUUCAUAAAAAUGUAGAAAUGGCUGAAAUAGCAGCUAAAGAACUUCUUCAAUUGGAGCCUGAUAAUGGGGCUGUUUGCGUUCUCUUAUGCAAUAUUUAUGCAGUUUGCAAUAAGUUGGAUAAUCUGCGCGAAGUAAGAAAUAUGAUGAUGGAGAGGGGACUAAAGAAGACACCUGGUUGCAGUUUGAUAGAGAUGAAUGGUAUAGUUCAUGAAUUUGUGGCCGGGGACCAGUCACAUCCUCAAUCCAAAGAAAUCUACUCAAAGUUAGAGGAAAUAAUGGAGGAUUUGAAGUUUGCAGGGUAUUUAUGUAAUACUUCAGAGCUGUCCCUUGAUAUAGGUGAAGAGGAGAAAGAAAAUGCGCUUAAUCGGCACAGUGAGAAAUUGGCUAUUGCCUUUGGGCUGAUUAGUUCGGAACCUAGGGUGACAAUUAGAAUUGUCAAGAACCUAAGAAUUUGUGUGGAUUGUCACCAUGUAGCGAAGUUAGUAUCAAGAAUGUAUGAUAGAGAGGUGAUUGUAAGAGAUAGAACUCGAUUCCACCAUUUCAGAAGUGGUUCAUGUUCUUGUAAAGAUUACUGGUGAGUUGGAUCAAGUACUUCAAGCAUUUUGUACAUUUAAAAGUCUU